AUGGCUUCUUCCACUAUGCUCCUUUUGCCUCCUCAUCCAUUUCACUCUCUCUCUUUCUGCUCACGCACACCUCUCUUCUCUAUCAAAACCUACCCCAGAACAGCCGGCGGUGGCAGACUCUCGGUCUCGGCCUCAUCUCGUGCUUUACACGCUCUGAUAUUUGACUGUGACGGUGUGAUUCUAGAAUCCGAACACCUCCAUCGCCAAGCAUACAAUGAUGCCUUUACUCAUUUCAAUGUCUGCUGCCCCUCUUCGUCUUCCUCUCAGUCCCUCGUUUGGAGCCCUGAGUUUUAUGAUGUGCUUCAGAAUCAAAUUGGUGGUGGGAAGCCUAAAAUGCGAUGGUAUUUUAAAGAGAAUGGUUGGCCGACUUCGAAAGUUUUUGAUGCGGCUCCGGAGACUGAUGACGAUAGAGCAAAGUUGAUUGACAUUCUUCAGGACUGGAAGACUGAGAGGUACAAAGAAAUAAUCAAGUCUGGAACUGUUGAGCCUAGACCGGGUGUUUUGAGGUUGAUGGACGAGGCAAAGGCUGCAGGUAAAAAGCUAGCUGUUUGCUCUGCUGCAACUAAAAGUUCAGUUAUACUGUGUUUGGAAAAUCUCAUUGGAAUGGAACGGUUCCAAGGUCUUGAUUGCUUCCUUGCAGGUGAUGACGUGAAAGAAAAGAAACCCGAUCCUUUGAUUUAUAUAACAGCCGCUGAGAGAUUGGGGGUAUCAGAGAAGGAUUGUUUGGUAGUAGAAGACAGCAUCAUCGGACUUCAGGCUGCAACCAGAGCAGGAAUGUCCUGUGUGAUUACUCAUACGUCGUCCACGGCUAACCAGGAUUUUAAAGAGGCGGCAGCAAUCUACCCGGACUUGAGUGAAGUCAGAUUAAAAGAUUUAGAGUCAUUGCUUCAAAAUGUUGUUACUGCUAAUUAA